AUGAAUGUAUAUAUAUCGUUUAACGGUGCGCAGCCCCCACCACCCGGUGUGCCACUGGUGUAUCCUGCGCAGCCGCCCCCACCACCCGGUGUGCCACUGGUGUAUCCUGCGCAGCCGCCCCCACCACCCGGUGUGCCACUGGUGUAUCCUGCGCAGCCGCCACCACCACCCGGUGUGCCACUGGUGUAUCCUGCGCAGCCGCCGCCACCACCCGGUGAGCAGUAUGUGUAUGCUGCGCCGCCCUAUAGUGCGCCGCCGCCAUAUUAUGGUAGGCAUCACGUGUAUGCUACGCCGCCAUAUUAUGGUGUGCAACACGUGUAUGCUGCGCCGCCCUAUAGUGCGCCGCCGCCAUAUUAUGGUAUGCAUCACGUUUAUGCUACGCCGCCAUCUUAUGGUGUGCCACCGCCACAGCAGGCUCCAUUGCCGCCACAGCAGGCUCCAUUGCCGCCACAGCAGGCUCCAUUGCCGCCACAGCAGGCUCCAUUGCCGCCACAGCAGGCUCCAUUGCCGCCACAGCAGGCUCCAUUGCCGCCACAGCAGGCUCCAUUGCCGCCACAGCAGGCUCCAUUGCCGCCACAGCAGGCUCCAUUGCCGCCACAGCAGGCUCCAUUGCCGCCACAGCAGGCUCCAUUGCCGCCACAGCAGGCUCCAUUGCCGCCACAGCAGGCUCCAUUGCCGCCACAGCAGGCUCCAUUGCCGCCACAGCAGGCUCAACUGCCGCAACAGCCGGAUCCACUGCCGCCACAGCCGGCUCAACUGCCGCAACAGCCGGAUCCACUGCCGCCACAGCCGGCUCAACUGCCGCCACAGCCGUAUCCACUGCCGCCCCAACAGGCUCCACAAACACCACCCCCACAACUACCAGAAUCACCACCCCCAACGCUGCCACAAACACCACCCCCACCGCGAAAGCCCCCGACGAAGCCACCGCCAAGAAGGAAGAAGUGGGUGCCACAAACUCACGUGGAUGGCAGUGGUCGGGUGUGGUCGACGGUGCCCAACCAGUGCCACCACUGCUAUCGAAAACUGCACAGGCCAUCUAUUUUGGAGAACCAUCUGAAGGUGUGCCUGACACAGGCAAAGACAGAUGCAUGUUUGUGUGACCAACAAUUUUUGGUGGUCAUUUUUGAACCAUACAUUUUAUGGUCUCAUUUUCUCAACUGCGACCUCAAAAGCCUGGUCACACUGCGAAAUAUUGUGCCAAAUGCGCGAGCGCCAUCUAGGGGUGACGAAUGA